GGCGGCGGCCGCCUCCAGCCGCUCCUCGUCGCCCGGGGGCUGCGGCGCGGACGAGGCGGACGGCGACCUGGAGGGCGAGGAGGCGGAGGGCGAGGGCGAGGGCGAGGGCGAGGGCGAGGGCGAGGGCGAGGGCAGCGGGCAGGACGCGCCCUGCGACAUCGGCCUGCUCGAGCGCCUCAUCCGCUCGCACCCCGUGUGGUUCCUGCCGGGCAUCCAGCGCGCCGGCGCCGUGCACCUGCUGCAGGGCAAGGAGGAAGGGAAUUUUGUCGUGAGACAGUCGUCCCAACCUGAAACGAUGGCAAUCUCGGUGCGAUUGCCAGCCGGCAAGGGCCCUUAUAUAGAGCAUUAUCUCAUACAAGCAUCUGGAGGACAGCUCAGCUUGGAAAGCUCUGACAAUCGCUUCGACAAUAUCCCUUCUCUUGUUGCUCAUUAUUCUCAGUGCUGUGAUGAGUUGCCUGUCCAGUUAACCCUUCCGAGAGCUCUAAGAGAAGCUAAAAACAGGCAGCAGCUGUCUUCCCUUGCUCUUCUAGGACAAGAGUUUUGGAGGUACCCUAUGGCCAACCCUCGGCCUCUGGAGCGAGCUCAACCCACGGAAAUGGGCAGUGCGCAACGUGUGCCGGGGGUAGAUGGCCAACCUAGUCCAGCAAGCAGCGCCAGCAGCCUGAGCAGUUUUAGUAGUGGAAAUAACUUGAGCUGCAGCAUGGUCUCGCAAACGCCAACAUCGGAGCUUGGCGGAGAUCCCAUAGUGCUGAACCUAGCGCCACUCACGCCGGCCACUCCCUCUAUAGAAUCUCCUCAACAGCCAGCAAGCCUUCUGAGCACCUUCAAAGGCCCUUCCACGGAUAUCGGUAGUCCCAGUUCCCCCACUACCACUAGCACUGCGAGCCCCACGGCCCUUGCGGUUGUGGCCUCGGCGUCUGGGUCUGUCACCAGCCUGGUGGCUGCUGUAACCCGCGGUCCCCGCCCCACCCCCCCUAACACCCUGAACCUGGCCAACACGCAGCUUUCAGGGUCCCGAUCGGCCAGCAGUAGUCCUGCACAAGCAGCUUCUGAGAUUUCUUCCGCUCCGUCAUCGGCACCUCGUCCUGGUGGAGGGAAGACACCUCCCCCUCCUCCACCACGUUGGGCCAAGCCGACCUCUCUAGCUGUGAUGCCAAAUUCCCAGCAACAGCAGCAGAAUUUCACCGUCACAACGACGGUGACAUUCAGUGUGAACGAUUCCACUGGCCCACCGCCUCCGCAUGUGGAAGUGUCGUGUGUGCAGAUGGCUCCACGAAGGCCUGUGCUGGAGUUGGAAGGUCUUUCCACUGCAUCUCCUGUGGGAGCUGGACCGAGUCUCCAUCAGAUUGCAUCUCCCACUAGUCCGUCUCCAAGCACCCCGAAUGGAGACGCUAGGCCGCAGGUGGGAGCAGGUCGCACACGUAAAAGUCAUCGACCUAGUCACCUCAAGCAACAAUCUUCCAAGGAAUCACGGCAUUACCGUGAAUCGGAUAUUCUGGACUCUCCGACUGUUUAUUACAGAAGUUCUGUUGCUGACAAGGUCAGUGACUAUGAAGAUAUAUGGGGCCCGGAAGGUCUGUCAACAUUCAAACCGGUGGUACCUCGAUCAUCUCCGUUCUCUUCACCCGAAGACAUCAGCACCAGCAGUGGUAAUAGCAAGAGAACGCCUGACCUCCUUGAACGAGUUGCAAGCCCGGGAUCUCCUGCCUGCUUGUUGGAAAGAGUUGGUACACCUGUCUCUCCGGCAUGCAGUACUCCACUCAGCUCUCAACGAGAAAUUCCCAGGGGUCGCUUGCAACUUAUUCUCCCUGCUCCUGGAAGUACAGGUGGUAGCUCAAAUGCCAAUUCUCCUGCAGAGGAGAUGCAGCCAAAGCAAGGGAGUCCGUUUUAUGCUGAACCAGCAGAUGCCCUGAAGCAGGCUGCUAUUGUGCCAAGACGCAGGCCGAGGCCUCAGCAGCUCCUCCUGUCUGGCCCUCGGCACCGCCACUCGGAUCCUACUCUCCUCCAGCAAUGGCCCUCGGCAGGGCCUUCUGCCAGUGCGGGCCGCCCGGGUGUGCUCGAGCGAAUAGACUCCUCCGACGAGCUGCCUCCGAUGUCCUCGUCCGUCGACAAUCUGGCUGUCCUCCGAGGGCCCUCUGCCGUUUCCACCGACAGAGCGCGCAACGGCGCAGUGCCUGCUGCUCAAGUGCCCCCGCCGUCUGGUGCUGGCCGAGCACGGGGGAAGCCUGUUCAGCCACCGAGGAUUAAACCCAUGGGCAUGGGCAAGUCCUUUAACGAUACUUCGUGGGCUGUGGAUUCCAGCUGGGAGUUCAUAGGAAAUGAGGAAGAAGGAGUAAUAGACGAAGGGUUACUUGAAGAUGGUGGUGGGGAGAGAAGGUUGCCAACUCUGUGUCUUUCUCCUGAGAUUCUCUCUCCGACGACCAAUGCAGGCACGACAACUUCCACUCUCGAGGGUCCCUUGUCCACUGGAGGCCUUGCGUCUCGAAUGUCAUCUUACGAUAACAUUGAAGGAGGUCGGCCGGGCACAGAAGCAUCUUCAAUAUCCGCAACGUCUUCCAUGCUGCACAACGGUGACCGGGCAUGUUCUCACAUCAGUGACAACGACGACACCGCCACAAUCUUCUCGGAGCCGUGGGAUAGCUCCCGGUGGGAAAGCCUUCUGGCGUCGGGUGGCGACGGCGGUGACAGAACCGGUGAGGCGACGCAAGGCGCAAGCGGUCAAAGAGAGACUGAUGAAGGACAGAAUGUGACCGGUGGUGCGGGCGCCAGUGAGUUGACGAAUCACCCAGUGGUGAGGAACAAGAGCUUCAAGGAGCGCCUGGACCCCCUGCUAUGUGAUGUUACGUUCAUCGAUGAUUUUUAUAAAAGCAUCGAUGUUUUGAAAACUCCAACAUUGAUGUGUCACCCCUGUCUUCCGCUGGUCCCCGUGGCCUUACCAGGCUCCAAAACCUUCGCGACGACGGUGCAAAGGGCGCUCUUGGCUAUGAGUGUAGGACAUAUGUUCCCGCUAGUGCACGGCAAAGCAAACUGUUGCAUUCUGACUGCGCGUCAGUUGGAAUCGCUGCCGCCUCUACCAAAGAAAAGGAGCAAGCCCGGUCGAGCGAUGGGCCAGUUCGCGCAGAAGUUCACCUCGUACAUCAGACGCACCGCCCAGAAGCUGGCGGGUUUCACGUCAAACUUGUUUUCGCCGCCGCCCCGCCUGCAGGCGCUGCGCAACCGCGACGCCGGCGGCUCGGGCUCCGCCAUCCGCGCGUACGCGCUGCACCUGGCGGCCGACGCCAGCACCACGUUCGCGCAGAACAUCGACAACUUCAUCGCGUGCACGCGCGAGUCGCGCGAGACCAACCCGCAGGUGGUGAUGCGCAACAUGCGCCAGUUCAUGUCCGGCAUGAAGAACUACCUCGUCAAGCACGGCGAGCGCGAGUUCGAGAAGGAGGUGGAGAAGGAGCGCAUCAAGCUGAAGGCGAACGAGUUCCUGAACCUGGACGCCAUCCUGGAGGCGGUGAUGCACAAGCUGGUGGUGCGGCCGCUCAAGGAGCACCUGUACCGCCUGUUCGUGGAGGAGUACUCGCGCAGCGGCGCCAUCCAGCUGCUGGCCGACAACAUCAGCUACGCGCGCACGCGGGCGCCGCACGAGCUGGGCCUGCGCGCGCGCCUGGCGCUGCCGGCGCCCGCCGCGCUCGCCGCCGUCUGCGCGCCGCUGCGUCGCCUGCAGGAGGUGGACUCGCCGCUGGAGAAGCUGGAGUGCCUGCUCGCCUGCAUCGCAGCCAUCUUCAGCGCGGUGAAGCAGGCCAACCGCGGCCGGCACCUGACGCUGGGCGCCGACGACUUCCUGCCGCUGUUCGUGUGGGUGCUGGUGCGCUCGGGCAUGGUGGCGGCCGAGGUGGAGGCCGAGUACAUGUGGGGGCUGCUGCACCCGUCGCUGCUGUCGGGCGAGGGCGGUUACUACCUCACCACGCUCUCCAGCGCCGUGCACGUGCUCAAGAACUUCCGCGCCUGCCAUGAGCAGCAGGAGCGCGCGCUCGCCCUCGGCCACGCCGCCGGCGCCCUCGACUGGCGGGUUGGUUCACUCUCAGAGCUUCAAUCUGUCUUGAAGAUUGUCGUUCCUGAUGAACUACAUGGCUCAAUCAUCACCAAAACUCUCCCAGUGAGACCCAAUAUGACAACACGAGACGUCUGCAAAAUAAUUGCUCACAAAGUUCGAAUCACUAACCCUCAAGAUUAUGGUCUAUUCAAACUUGUGGAUGGAGAAGAAACUCUUCUUGGUGACGGAGAAUGCCCUCAGGAUGUACGCGGGGGGGUGUCUCAACUGGGCAAGCAUUGCAUAUUCGCAUACAAGAGGAUUGAUGCAAAGAUAGCCUGGCCGCGAACAGCAUCUCCACAAUAAUUAACAUCCUGAUGAAAGAACUUACAAAGGAUAAUGUUGCGAAGUGUGUCAUGGUUUUAUAGUGUAACAAGAAUACUUUUCAAUAUUACUUAAUGUUUCUAACACCUUGGACAAUUACUUAAAAAGCAAUGAGGAACCAAGUUGAAAUGUUGUUUUCCCUAGUGUGUCCAUUUCUUGCCUUCUAGCUACAAUUGAACAGAAUUAUGAGACUGUAAAGAAACGCAAAGAAAUCACUCUUUAAGAGAUGUCUUGCCUGUAGUUUUAGUGUAAAUGACCUCCGUUUGAUUGAAGUUAGGAUGGUAGGGGUCAUUAAAGAAUGGCUGUGCGUGUUAAUUUUCUGGCGGAUGCAGUUGAGAGAGAAUGGGCAAAUGAAAAAGUGUUGCAUUAAUUGAAAGAAUCAUUGUGCUAAAACAACGAUAGUGUAUGGUGUUUGGAAAAAUGUAAAUUGGUCAACGUGACACAGUAUUAAGCAGCAAUAAGGCAGCUGUGUAGAAGUGUACGUGGAAUAUUUGUAUCUAAUUGUCUAAAGUGAAGCAUGGAUGCACUUUUCAUUUUGUAUAGAGUGUAGUGUUUUGUUUUGUUUAAACUGUGAUUGGAUUUUUUAUUUGUCCAUACUUUUAUAUUAAUGUGUAGGAAGUGAUUUUCUGGGACAUCUGAGAUUCCAGAUUCCCUUAUUUUUAAUUUUGCAGUACAAGCUGCUAUCUGAGUUGUUAAAGUCUAGGACUAUAAUAUUAUUUUCUUGUAGUUUUGUUUUGUUUAAAAAAGGUGCAAAACUGCAACAUAUUCUGUUGAUUUGUUAUUGAUUGAUUACUUCCUGCUUUAAAUAAUUACUUCCUGGUAAUUGCUAUUAAUAUGAAAUGCUGUUAAUCACCUUCCUUCAUGAAUAAGACGACUUUACAAACUAAUGUUUUGUAUAUUUGUACAAAAACUGUAUUUAUAUACUGUACUUCAUUAUACACAAACCUGAGAAGUUUGAAAUAAGCUUUAAGAUUAUUUUUAUCUUAAUCUCAUUCCUUUUGCGGGUAGUUGGGGUAAUGAAUGGGGAUGUGGGGAGUAAGAUAUUCAGAUGUUACUUCCUUUGUGUUAAAUUGGAUAGGCUUGUCAAGCCAGAAGUUAGCAUGGUUAGUCACUGAUAUUAUAUGUUACAGUAAAACUCCAUUUGUGUGUUUUGCACUGAUACAUUUUUCACAUUUAUGCAUUAUUGAUUAUAAGUUCCUGCUAAAUUUCUAUUUCUUCCCAUCUUAAAUUUUUUCUGAUAUUUUCAUCGUUUAAUGUUUAUUCAUUUUUCAUGCUUAUUGGUGCACAAUAGAAGUCCUAACUAUAUAACGACCAGUAAGUGAGAUCAUUCUAGAGAAGCUCUAGGGAUCUGUUUUUGGAUAAAAGUUAAAAAUGUUUUGCUGGUAUGCGGGGCUUAUCAUCAUGGCAUCUGAUAGGAACUGAGGAGACUUUAGACAAAACAUCAGGGAGUGAGGAUAGUGAUGCUAGUGUCUCUAAGGCUUUGCAUAAUGGUUGCCAACAUUGCAGAGAAAACAUUUGGCCUACUUGUAUGAAGUAUGGAGGAAUCAAGUAAUGUGGGUGAGAAUCGAGUAGUGUGGGCAAAAGUUAUAUCAAAGUAUUAAUCUCAAAAUAUUGAGAUUUUAUUUUACACGUAGAUUUUCCAUAUCUUAAAAUGAGCGAUUUUCUCACUUGCAAGUUUUUCCGUUCAUUCUUCUGAAAAACAUAUAAAUGAAGUUUUACUGUACUUGUAUUUUUGUGCCACAUCAAGCAGUUGCCAUGAUGUGAAAUCUAGUUCCCUCUGUCAGAUCUUACUUACUAUCCAAGGGGCCUUAAAAUUCAGUAUUUAAAAUAAACGUGUCUUUUACCCCAGAAUAAGAACUAAGUAGUAGAAAAAUGUAGUUUUAAACAAUUUACAUGUUGUUGCUCUCCCCACAUUUGAAAUUUGUUGUUACUGCAUAUGCACAGGGUUUAUUUGCUGGAAUCACAUGCGAAAACAAGGAGAGAAAGAAAUACGCAUAUUGAAAAAUGUUCAGAGAAAUUGGAAAGAAUGAGUUUUUAAUCAUUUUCAGGCAAAAUUGAUCCCAUUUUCUUGUGACAAAAAUAAUAAUAAAUAAUAAUAAUAAUAGUAAUAAUUUAAUUCUGAAUGGAUGUUAAAUGUGUGAUAGAUGAAUUUGGAUGUAUUAAAAAAAACAAAAAACUAGCUAAUAUAAUAACAAAUGAGAUUUGAUUGGUGUUCUUUAAGCUGCAUCUGGUAGGAAAACAUGCAUUUGAGAGACUAAAGAAAAUACAUCUUCAAUUAUUUUAAAAUAAAUGCAUAAUCUUUAUAAAACAUCAAAAGAAAAUGGUGAUGCCUCCAUGUGGAAUGUAAUUUAUUGAAUUAAAAAGAAAAAUUGUUUAACCCUGACCAGUACCUGCUACUCAGUAAAAAUUUCAAUUUUGAAAGUAAAGAGUUAAAAUCUCUUACUAGUUAUGAAGAAGAAAGGCACUCAUCUUUGGAAAAUGAUUAUCAUGAGAAUUAAAUGAAACAUUUAGUUUUAUUCCUGUGCAUUUGCAGCUCAAAUUAAUGAAGCUUAUACCUUUAUCUUUCUACCCACUAAUACGCUAGUCAUAAUGCACCUUUCGCGCACUCCUUAACAUGAAAGGAUUAACUGCAGCUCUACUUUUCAAGAAGUACUCAAUAAAAUAUUUGAGCGUUUCUUUCA